AUGACUUCUCUUCAACAUGUGAACCCCACAGUAAGAGGAAUUAGAGACUCUCCACAAACUAUGCUUCAGAAUCUGGCUGAACGCAUCAGAAAAGAGAUUUCACUGGGGGCGCAGAAACCCUUCAAGAAGGUGAUUGAUGUUAGCUCCGGUGAUCCCCACAGAGUUGAUUUACAACAUGUUUCAUUUCUUCGACAGGUCUUGGCAGUGUGUGUAUACCCUCAGCUGCUGGAAGACAAAUGUUUUCCUCUGGAUGUCAAGAUAAGAGCUCAGAAACUCCUGGAGGCCUGUGAUGGAGCAAGUGUGGGUUCAUACACUGCAUCCUCUGGUCUUCGUCAUGUGAGGCAAAGCAUCGCUGAGUUCAUCACAAAAAGAGAUGGAGUUCCUUCAUAUGCCCAAAACGUCUUUAUUUCUGCUGGCUCUCAAAGGGCUAUAAUGAUUGCUGUGAAACUGCUGGCCAGUGGUGAGGGGAAUACUCGGACAGGCGUGCUGAUACCUGGGCCCUGCCCACACAUGCUGUACAAUGUGCUGGAGGAGGCUGGGGUGGUCUUGGUACCGUACCAGCUGACAGAGGAGAGAGGGUGGGCUGUAGACCUGGACAACUUGCAUCAAGCUUUAAAAGCUGCUCGGGGGUACUGUGAGCCCAGAGCCAUUUACAUCAGCAACCCGGGAAAUCCCACAGGGCAUGUGCAGGACAGGAAGUCAAUAGAGGAAGUGAUUCAGUUCGCAGCAGCUGAGAGAGUCCUACUGUUAGCUGACGAGGUGUACCAGGACAGCGUGUAUGGGAAGGACAGAGAGUUUAUUUCCUAUAAGAAAGUCCUGUUUGAAAUGGAUAGAGAGCUUGCAGAAACAGUGCAGCUGAUCUCCUUCCACUCUUUAUCCAGUACCUGCAUUGGAGAGUGUGGUCUGAGGGCUGGAUACAUGGAGGUAGUUAAUAUGGAUCCAGAGGUGAUUUAUUAUUUUGAUAACACAUUGUGUGGUGAUAUCACUACUCCAGUCACAGGACAGCUUGGUUUGGAUCUUAUGGUCAAUCCGCCACAACCUGGAGACCCAUCGUAUCACACAUACAUGCAGGAGACCUUCAUCCUGGCUACUCUGUCCCAUAAUGCUCAAUGGGCUCAGGAGCUCCUAAAUAAACUACCAGGGGUAAGGUGUCAGCCAGCGCUUGGAGGAAUCUAUGUUUUUCCUCGCCUGCACUUACCAUGUGGUAUUAAGGAGCAGGCCAAGUUACUGGGGCUGAAAGCUGAUGUUCUGUACUGUCAGAAAUUACUGGAAGAGGAGGGUGUAUUAGCUGGUGCAGGUGAACAUGGGGGAAUGACUGACAGCUUCUAUUUGAGAUUAUGCAUCCUUGUUCCUCAUGACACCCUGGUAGAGGUCCUAGCUCGCCUCACCUCCUUUCACUGCCGUCUCAUGGGUGGCACUGUGACCCCAACAGAAGUGUAA